AUUCUUGCCUCAACUACUCAGCUCACACAAGCGCAAACCCAUCAGUUUCAAAUCACGUCCCAUCGCACAGACAUGUCUUACUCUCCACCAGACUCCGCUAAGCCCUUUGUGCUCGCUGUCUCCGAUCAAGACUUCGCGGAGUGGCGACAGCUCCUGCAACUUUCCAAGCUUGCUCCUAAGACGUGGGAGGGGCAACAAGAAGACCGUCGUUAUGGCGUAACCAACAAAUGGCUCUCCGAGACCAAGGACUACUGGCUAAACAAGUACGAUUGGCGUGCGGCAGAAAAGCAUAUUAACUCUUUUGCAAACUACAAGAUGCAGAUCGAAAACGUUGAUAUGCACUUUGCUGCUCUCUUUUCCAAAAAGAAAGAUGCCAUUCCCAUUAUGUUCAUGCAUGGAUGGCCUGGGAGUUUCCUGGAAUUCUUGCCCAUGCUGAAACUGAUCAGAGAGAAGUAUUCCGCCGAAGAUUUGCCUUACCACAUCGUCGUGCCUUCUCAGCCAGGAUACACUCUCAGCACCAUAAAGUCGAUUGAGAAGAAUUGGACCAUGCAAGAUUCUAGUUCUAUCAUGCACCAACUGAUGCUGAACCUGGGCUUCGACAAAUACCUCGUGCAGGGAGGAGAUGUGGGCAGUUUCACAGCGCACACCAUGGCUGCAAAAUACGAUGCUUGCGUCGGAGUUCAUUUGAACCUCGUAAGCAAUACCUCCAGGCCAGAUGAGAACACUAUCAUGAGCACGUUGGAGAAGGAGGCGCUUGGCCGUGGACAGGCGUGGCAAAUCACUGGAUCAGCCUACGCGCAAGAGCACUGUACGAGGCCGAGUACGAUCGGAAACGUGAUAUCCUCGAGCCCACUCGCGAUCUUGGCGUGGAUCGGCGAGAAGUUCCUGGAAUGGUCAGACGAAGACCCUCCUCUCGACGACAUCCUCACAAACAUCUCCCUCUACUGGUUUACUCAGUGCUUUGCUACCACUCUCUACCCUUACCGCCAAAUCUUCAGCCCAAACACUACUCAGAUGCCUUUGACGAAGAAGCCAUUGGGCUUCUCGUUCUUCCCAUACGAGAUAAUGCCAGGUAUCAAAAGCAUUUUGGAGAAGGAGGCCAACCUAGUUUUCUACAAUCAGCAUGAACACGGGGGGCACUUUGCGGCUUUGGAGAGGCCAGUGGAUUUAUGGGCGGAUGUCGUGGAAUUUGCCGAGAAGGCAUGGCCACGGUCGUGAAACAUCAAGUCGUCAGAAUAGCCAUCAAAUUCAACGCAGUAUGACUCAUUUUU